UGGGGCAGCCUCUUCCCAGGAGUGUCACUUCCAGAGUGGCGACCUCUUCAGGGAGUAAGAGUGCCGGUGUUGGAUGCGGGCACUUGUGACCACCUCUACCAUGUAGGCACCAACGUGCCCCGUGCUGAGCAGAUAGUGUUACCAGGGAACCUGUGCGCUGGCUACGUCCAGGGCCACAAGGAUGCCUGCCAGGGUGAUUCUGGGGGACCCCUGACCUGCUUGAAGUCUGGGCGCUGGGUCCUGGCGGGCGUGGUGAGCUGGGGCAAGGGCUGUGCUCUGCCCUACCGUCCAGGUGUCUACACCAAUGUCGCCAUGUACAGCCGUUGGAUUCAGGCUUGUCUCGACCGCUGAUGUGGUGACUCUGACUUGGGUUGCUCAGCUACUUGGUCCCUCUGGGGACCUGCACAUCCCCCAACCCUUCCACUUCUCACUUGAGGCUCAGAGGCCUGAUAAAGCUACGGAGCCAUCUCUCCAUCCAGCUGUCCAUCCCCUGCCUUCCUCGGGGCUCACCAAACCUGAGCUGCCAGCCCCGCUCCAGGGCCUCCCAUCUGUGGGGGUCUCACACUCCUGCCUCCCCUUCCUGCUCAUUUAUCCUCCGCAGCUCCAGCCAGGACUGGGCCUGGGCACCCAGAGGUGGUAAGUGGCAUUCCCGGUUUGGCCUGUGUGCCCCUCUCUCUAGGGGAAGUCAGGGAGAUUCGAAGUGUAGAGGGAUUCAGCACCAAGUAGAUGGUUCUCCAUCGCCAGCUUUGAAGAUGGUGUUGGGGUCGCAUUCAAGGAACCUGCAGCCGCCUCCAGGAGCUGAGGGCAGCCUUGGCUGACAGGCUUCGGGGAAAGGGAAAUCUCGGCACCGUGACCGACAGGAACUGAAUCUGGACACCUGACCAAGCCGGGAGGCGAAUUCUUCCCCAGCCUCCAAUGAGAGUCCACUCGGCCAGCCCCUUGAUUUUGGCCUGGUGAG